AUGAUUUUAGUUGAAUCACCAGCAGCUAUUCCUCAAGAUAUAAAAAUCAUCAAAAAAGUUUUAAAUGGUUAUGUUGGUUUUGCCAACUUGCCUAAGCAAUGGCACAGAAAAUCCGUUAGAAGAGGAUUUAGUUUAAACAUCAUGGCCAUUGGUGAAAGUGGUUUAGGUAAAGCUACUUUGAUCAACACUUUAUUCAAUCGUGAAAUCAUUAACCUGAAUCUUCCUGAGUCUGAUGAAUUUGAAGAAGCCGAAGAAGAAGAAGGAGACAGUUCGGUUAAAAUCAAGUCGACUCAAGCUGAAAUUGAAGAAGAUGGUGUCAAAUUGAACAUUAGUGUUAUUACUGCUCCAGGUUUCGGUGAAUCCAUCAAUAAUGUGGAAUCAUGGAAACCAAUUGUUGACGAAAUCAAUAGUAGAUUUGAUUCCUAUUUAGAAGCCGAAUCAAGAAUCAAUAGAACUACAGUUGUUGACAAUAGGGUCCAUGCUUUCCUUUAUUUUAUUGAACCAACUGGUCAUUCUUUGAAAGCCUUGGAUAUUGCUUUGAUGAAACAAGUUCACGAAAAGGUUAAUUUGAUUCCAGUUAUUGCCAAAUCCGAUACUUUGACUGAUGAAGAAAUUUUAGAAUUUAAGCAUAGAAUAUUAGCCGAUAUUACUUAUCAAGGAAUCAAGAUUUUCAAACCAACUGAUUAUGGUUAUGAUGAAGAAGAAUCUGCCGAUACCAAACUGAUCAUAGAUAGUUUUCCAUUUGCCGUAGUUGGUUCAACCAACGAAGUUCAAACCGCCGAUGGUAGAAUUGUUAGAGGUAGAAAAUACCCAUGGGGUAUUAUUGAAGUUGAUAAUGAAAAACACAAUGAUUUUGUUAGAUUACGUCAAUUAUUGAUUAGAAACUUUUUAGAAGAAUUGAAAGAACAUACUGCUAAUGUUCAUUAUGAAAAUUACAGAACUGAUAAAUUGAAGAGAAUGGGUAUUGAACAAGAUAACAGUGUGUUUAGAGAAUUUGAUCCAGCUGCUAAACAAGAAGAAGAAAGAGCUUUACAUGAAGCUAAAUUAGCCAAGAUGGAAGCUGAAAUGAAACUGGUUUUCCAACAAAAAGUAAGUGAAAAGGAAAAGAAAUUACAAAGAUCUGAAGCUGAUUUAUUUGCUAGACAUAAAGAGAUGAAGGAUAAAUUAACAAAACAAAUCAAAUUAUUGGAAGAAAAGAAGGCUCAAUUGGAAAAACAAAAGAUGUUACCACAUGAACCACCUGCUGCUCCAGCUCCACAAAAGAGUCGUAAAGGAUUCUUGCGUUAG